GUGGCCAACGACUUCUCGGCCCGGGCGGUGGAGCUGAUGAGCCGCAACGUGGGCUUCAACGGGGUGGGGGACCUGGUGGCCCCCCGCAUGGCUGACGCCAGGAUGCUGAUGUACCAGUGCAAGGCGGACAGAGAGCCCUUCGACGUGAUCGACCUGGACCCCUACGGCAGCCCCGCGCCCUUCCUGGACGCCGCCGUGCAGGCUGUGAGCGAAGGAGGGCUGCUCUGCGUCACCUGCACGGACAUGGGCGUGAUGGCGGGGAACAGCGCCGAGACGUGUUACAGCAAAUACGGGGCCGUGUCCCUCAAGGGCAAGUUCUGCCACGAGAUGGUGAGGGCUCCCCAUCCCUGA